AUGCCUGGCUCACCUACUAGAGAGUUCCUGCGUCAAUUGACCAGCGCAGACGCUCUCCUUGAGCUGGACGCUAGGCUCCAAGUAUGGAAAGAUGAGGAUCCUUUCAACGAGGAUCCACAAUUUCCCUCCCCACCCGACACCCAACCGCAACCUUCGAGGGUCGCCAGAAGUGAUUUUGACUGGAACAGCUAUGCAGACUCUCUCGAACGCUCUCGACGACGACGCCUUGCAAAGCAAUCAGCACCGCCUGCUUCUGUAAGGGACUACCAGUCAGCCAUUCUCGGUCAUCAUGAGGCAGGCCUGCGAGACAACGAUCCAUAUUCUCGGGAAAACGUACUUGCUCGAGAACGCAUGGAAGACCAACGAUAUAAUGCGUUGGCGGACAACAUACGUCUUACCCACUCCUCACGCCAACGCCUAGGGGAAUCGUUGGACCGAAUCCCAGAAUCUCAGGACUUUCCUGUGCUAAGAAAUCGCUUUGAAGACGAGGAAGAUGAGACCGAAGCCGAAGGAUCACAAGCACAGUCCGCGCGUGAACGUGCAGGAUUACCAGACCGCUUUGUACGACAGCAAGAUUAUGGUAUCCCAGAUGCAGCAGAUAGCUACGUUUCAGACCCACCAUUGCCUGCUGUGCAGAAAGACAAGGAAGCACAAACAAUGGACGACAUGGCUUUUCUGGCUCAGUGUGCCGAGGGUGGCAAUGCUACUCUCACCAUAAGAGAUACUCAGACACAAGAGACCAGGGUGCUCAAGAAUCUGGAUCUCGCCACGAUAGAAUUGGUAGCGCCAGUGCUGGCUUUCAGUUUCGAAGAAUCCAGGAGCGGACCAAAAUAUACAAUCGAAGAUGUGUCACCGACAGCAGUUAUAAGCAUGCUUAGACACAUCUACACAUGUGAGAAUUACGUUCCGGAUGACUGCCUCCACGAGCAGAUGUCUGCUCUACUACACAUAGAAAUCUUCCACCUGGCGUCGACCUACGAUAUCAGUAGCUUGAAGACUAUGGUCAAAGCCCGUAUGUUCCUCGAGCUAGAGCUCUCAACCAGUUAUCCUGGCCCGCCAAAAGACUUGUGCAAAGCGCUUGCAUACGCUUACGAGCACCUGCCAAACGAAAACGACAUCACAAAAACGCUGGCGCACUACUGCAUCACUUGCUUCUUGCAACACCGACUCAACGAAGACGAACUGUUUACGACUUUUCAUUACAAUUGCCGUCCCUUCCAGCGUGAUCUGGUUCUCAUUCUACGCGAAAACAGCUUCGAGGACGAUUGCGCCCCUAGCCUGAUACAGCUCCCCGUCAAAACCUCCGACAUCCCCACACGCUGGCCCGCCGUCUUGGAUGCGGAUCCGCAAGGUAGCUUUUUGGAAGACGAGUUCGACAAUGAAGUCAGACGCCGCACCAACAUAUCCCAGCUGGACAAGCUGAGAAUUCACUUCCGCAUUGCGCUACCAGUGAGAUAG